AUGGACAUAGCCGAGGUUCGGGACAAGGUAUUUGGGUACCUUUCUUAUGUAGAACUCAAGCGCCUAGCUACGACUUGCAGAACAUGGAAGACCUCCUCUGAUUACGCUGCUGAAAAAUUGCAGUGCAUCCUUUCUUUUGAAGGACGCAAAGCAUUGACUCUGUAUCUGUCCCGCACAAACUACAAUGAGGGAGGCGAAUGGAAACAUUACAUUCCGCAAACCCCUGUAAAGGUAGAUUGGAACUUUUUGUCAGUGCACAUCAAGUUUCCCAAUGGACGGGAGAUCACUGGCAUCAAGUUUCCCAAUGGGCGGGAGAUCACUGGACCGAAAUUCGAGAUCCUUCGGACUUAUCCGUAUGUCAGCCUGCGCAUGGGCGGUGAAGAAGUCGGUAACAUAUCUGUCAUUUUGGAAGACAGCUUUCGCUUGCGCUGGAAAAGAUGGAACAUGCACGACCUAACUAUCGCGGCCCCUGGUAAAGCAUUCUACUCGCCCGAAUUGACAGCUGUUUACGACGAAUGCCCAAAAGACGGCAAGACCAUGGAUGUUCUCAUCAGUCCGGGAGACAACCGGUACAUCAAUCUCCUCGCUAGUGGAUCGAUGGAGGUGAUGGACAGGCUUUCCAGUUACCAUAAUUUGUUGAAUUUGGUCAGCCACUUGGAGCUCAUGAAAGCCUCGGACGAUGCCAUUCGGCGCCGGAAGACGCAAGCAGUAGAAGACCUCAUGAGGCCUAAUGAUCGCUUGGGUGCCGCGAUACGUCGAUACUUGCAGUGUGACGUUGGAAGUGCAGUAGAUGUCUAUGAUACGUUGUCUAAAUGGAGGACUUCGGGAUUAAACACCAUGAAUUGAACAAAUGCGUGUAGUCAUGGUAACGAUUACCACAUCAUUGAGCUGCUGUUGAGUUAGUGGUUCAGCUGUAAGUCAUGGUAACGAUUACCACGGCAUUGAGCUGCAGUUGAGUUGUUCUGUUGAUUUGUCAAAAAAACCCAAGUUGCUCAAAUUACUAGACAAGUAUCCCGACAAACCAUUGGUUCUCCUUGAGUAGGCAUCCCCGUGUCACCACGGAAUACGUCGGAUGCAACAAGGAAUUUUCAAAGUAACCCGAUACUGGUCACUUGAAACUGGUCUGGACGUUUGUGCAGGAGUGAACAAAGAGUGUCGAAAUCACCAUCAACCGCGUCGAUGGUGCGCAAAGAAAUCUUCCUCGUUUGUGGCGGAUAGUAAGAGCGUCUGUAGUGAGAUUGUUUACCAUUGAUCUCGUCUAUUUCAAAUUCUGCAGUAGGAUACUUUUGCUUCAACUGAGCAUAGGUUCCUCUGAACCCAAAGUCUGUGAAGAAUUGGUGCAUUCUAUCCAUUUUAGUUGACGUCGUCUGAACGCAAGCUAAUCGACCUUUUCAGGGUACAACAAGAUAUUGUUGAUGAAAAUUCCUGCCACACUAGGUGUCCCAUUUUGAAUGUAACAAAUGUACUUUUUUUCGACACAGAGAACAGGAAUCAUGUGUUAUAUACUUGUUUCCAUCUUGAACUUUAUUGUGGACGUGAUUGUAAAUAUAGCCACUUUGAUUGUGGAAAUUGUCACGUUCCCCUUUCGGUUGCUUGCCGACUGCUUUGCCCGGUGCAGGAACGACCACGAGAACACGUCGAUGGGGCUGGAAUUGGAGAAGACGCAACUACUUUGGAUCGAGAAAGGUGAGAAGUACGAAAAUUUAGACUGAGAUGACACUAAGCGCCGCUUUCAUGGAACUGAGGAAUGAGACGCCAUUGCUCUUAUCCAUUUGGGCCAGAUACGUCGUACCAGCCAAGAUACUUGAACGUGGCAAUACAUUUCGAAUGUCAUUCACAGCAUCAUAGAACAAAGGAUAUUGUGCGCCAAGUAGUUCUACCAUGGCUGGUAAUCUAUUGAUGACAAGCGGGGUAUUCCGUACCAUGCAUUCAAGGACCGUAUUCACUGCCGUUGUUGCAUCAAACAAGUUCAAGAACACAAUGUUCUGGGUCAACAGCUUGUCAUAGUCAGCAUCCUGCAGAGUCGGUAUGAUAACGACACUCUGGUCAAUGCCUUCCAAGAUACCCAAACUGUUGGUAAUGACAAUGACCAGUCAAAAUGCGUGUAAUACAAAUAAUGGAUUUCAUGGGGGUUGAGAUCGUCUUUCAAUGCAGUCAGAUUUGAUUUCCUUUGUCGCUCAAUCGGAAUAUUUGAAGCAGG